UCCAUUGAUGACAUCCGAUUGCAGCCGAACCUCCUACUCCACCAAGGCACUGAAUUCCACUCUACUGACCGGAGCAUGCGUACUGGUGCCAAAGUGCGCUCCCAGUCAGUAUCAGCUGCACCCCUUCCCCCACCAUUGCCCAUGCAGACGGCCCUUAACUUUCGUCAUGAGGCCUCGUUGUCUCCAAGUCGGGUUAGGUCUGCUGCUUCUGGUGCUUCGGAACAUCAGACUUCAUUUGGCCUUAGGCUGGGCGCAGUCGCCUCACGACGCCUUAGCAAGUUCACAUCGACUCACACUCCUGCCUCAAGUGGUACCGAUUCCUCUCCUACUGCCAGCGUCGCCGGGGAUAGCUGUGGUGCUGGCGGUGGUGGCUUUUUUAGUCUGACCGCGGCUGCUUUGGCUGCUGGGGUGGGCAAUCAAGUUCGUGCCAUCCUAACUGCUGCAACUUCUGGCUCCGGUAGUACAGCGUCUGAUGCCACAGAUAUAUCCUCUUAUUACCAGCCAGUGAUGCUCCAGUCUGACCACAUAGUUGGCCAGGUUGAACAGUUGCAUUGCCACUAUUCCCAUGACACUCAACGAAGUAAUCAGCAACCUCAAGUGCAGAAUCAGCAGCAACAACCUAGGGGGCAUCAAAGGUAUCAACAGGCGCCUGGUUCUCGUCUUCUUUGUCCUAAUUCUCAAUCAUUCACCCAUUCUUCUGCCGGUCAUCAAGUCAACUCCAGCGCCGCUGCAACUUCUCCUGUUUCCUCUUCUUCCCCCGCUUCGAUGAUUUCGACGGGUAGCAAUCCGUACUUAGUGGAUCUCACCCGUUUAUUCGGGCCUCAGGUAGUGCAGCAGUCCCUAGUUCGCGACAUCCGGGCUGUGCAGGCACUACAAAGCAUUGUGAAAACAGAUGUAGGUUGCGCCAGAGCCUUUGUACGUCUGGCCCUAGAGAAGAAGCUUUUGUCAGGCCAUUUGAGGACUCUUCUAUCAGACGAAAAGCUACUAGAGUAA